GGGCGAGCGGCUAUCCCGGCUCCGUGGUUCCCGGGUCGGUCCCCGGGAGGCGGAGAGCAGCGAGGAGCCAGCGCGGAGGCACCGGGCGCGGCACAAGGCGCCGCCCGUACCCGAGGAGGCUGUGGAGAAGGAGGGCGAGGCGGAGGACAAGGACAAGGACAAGGAGCCGCGGGACCUCCAGCCCCAGGAGCCACACUGUGACCUGGAGGCCGGCGCCGCGAUGGGUGUGGGCCUGGUGCGCGCCCUGCCCAGCACCUGCGUGCAGAAGGCGGAGGAGCAGCCGGAGGAUGCGGAUAACCAGCGGAACGUCACUCGGAUGGGCACGCAGCCCUCAGAGCCCAGUGCCGCUGUGCACGUCCCAGUGGCGCCGCCCGGCCCGUCUGGGGAGACCACGGCUGUGCCCAGUGGCAACGUGGACCUGGAGAGCCAGGCGGAGGGGAAGGAGGUGGAGGCCGACGGCGUGAUGCGGAGCGGCCCCCGGCCCAUCGUCCCCUACAGCUCCAUGUUCUGUCUCAGCCCCACCAACCUGCUCCGCCGCCUCUGCCACUCCAUCGUGACCAUGCGGUACUUCGAGAUGGUCAUCCUUGUGGUCAUCGCGCUGAGCAGCAUCGCCCUGGCCGCCGAGGACCCCGUGCGCGCAGACUCGCCCCGGAACAACGUCCUGAAGUACAUGGACUACAUCUUCACGGGCGUCUUCACCUUCGAGAUGGUGAUAAAGAUGAUUGACCUGGGGCUGCUGCUGCACCCGGGGGCCUACUUCCGGGACCUGUGGAACAUCCUGGACUUCAUUGUGGUCAGUGGGGCCCUGGUGGCGUUUGCCUUCUCGAGCUUCAUGGGAGGCUCCAAAGGGAAGGACAUCAACACCAUCAAGUCCCUGCGGGUCCUGCGUGUCCUGCGGCCCCUCAAGACCAUCAAGCGGCUGCCGAAGCUCAAGGCCGUGUUCGACUGCGUGGUGAACUCGCUGAAGAACGUGCUGAACAUCCUCAUCGUCUACAUGCUCUUCAUGUUCAUCUUCGCCGUCAUCGCCGUGCAGCUGUUCAAGGGCAAGUUCUUCUACUGCACCGACGAGUCCAAGGAGCUGGAGCGGGACUGCAGGGGCCAGUACCUGGACUACGAGCGGGAGGAGGUGGAGGCCCAGCCGCGGCAGUGGAAGAAGUACGACUUCCACUACGACAACGUGCUCUGGGCCCUGCUGACGCUGUUCACCGUGUCCACGGGGGAAGGCUGGCCCAUGGUGCUGAAGCACUCUGUGGACGCCACCUACGAGGAGCAGGGCCCGAGCCCCGGGUACCGCAUGGAGCUGUCCAUCUUCUACGUGGUCUACUUCGUGGUCUUCCCCUUCUUCUUCGUCAACAUCUUCGUGGCCUUGAUCAUCAUCACCUUCCAGGAGCAGGGGGACAGGGCGAUGUCCGCGUGCAGCCUGGAGAAGAACGAGAGAGCUUGCAUUGACUUCGCCAUCAGCGCCAAGCCCCUGACGCGGUACAUGCCUCAGAACAAGCAGUCCUUCCAGUACAAGACGUGGACGUUCGUGGUCUCACCGCCCUUCGAGUACUUCAUCAUGGCCAUGAUCGCCCUCAACACCGUGGUGCUGAUGAUGAAGUUCUACGACGCGCCCUACGAGUACGAGCUGAUGCUCAAGUGCCUGAACAUCGUGUUCACGUCCAUGUUCUCCAUGGAGUGUGUGCUCAAGAUCGUCGCCUUCGGGGUGCUGAACUACUUCCGAGACGCCUGGAACGUCUUCGACUUCGUCACGGUGCUGGGCAGCAUCACCGACAUCCUCGUCACGGAGAUCGCGAACAACUUCAUCAACCUCAGCUUCCUGCGCCUGUUCCGCGCCGCGCGGCUCAUCAAGCUGCUGCGCCAGGGCUACACCAUCCGCAUCCUGCUCUGGACCUUCGUGCAGUCCUUCAAGGCCUUGCCCUACGUGUGCCUCCUGAUCGCCAUGCUGUUCUUCAUCUACGCCAUCAUCGGCAUGCAGGUGUUUGGGAACAUCGCCCUGGACGACGACUCCAGCAUCAACAGGCACAACAACUUCCGGACGUUUCUGCAGGCGCUGAUGCUGCUGUUCAGGAGCGCCACCGGGGAGGCCUGGCACGAGAUCAUGCUGUCCUGCCUCAGCAACCAGAACUGCGAUGAGCAAGCCAACGCCAGCGAGUGCGGCAGCGACUUCGCCUACUUCUACUUCGUCUCCUUCAUCUUCCUCUGCUCCUUCCUGAUGUUGAACCUCUUUGUGGCUGUGAUCAUGGACAAUUUUGAGUACCUCACGCGGGACUCUUCCAUCCUAGGGCCUCACCACCUGGACGAGUUCAUCAGGGUCUGGGCUGAGUACGACCCGGCUGCCUG